UGAACCCUUGAAAGGUGGCAGAUGGCUGAGGGAUUACCCAGGUAAUUAUUUAAUGCUGAUCAAAAAAAAAAGAGCAGCUAAACCUGGCUGCCUAAUCCCUUCUGCAUGCCUCCCCCUUGGAAAUGUGCUACACACAAAGUAAACUGUGUAGACAAAGGAAGGAUCAGCCCAACGUCCUCUGCCAUCAGAGACUCGUUACUGCUUUGGGGCAAUUACUUUUCGUUACAGGAAUACGCCUACAGAGAAUGCAGAAGUAUGGGUGAAGUCCAAAAGGGUUUGCUGUCACUUGUACAAGAACUGAAGUCAUUAAACAGUUUUGAUGAAAACGGAAUAAGAAUUGUUUUGCUGGGACUGGACAAUGCAGGCAAAACCACCAUUCUGACCAAGCUUGCCUUGGAGGAAGUCAGCAGUAUCACUCCCACCCAGGGAUUUAACAUCAAAAGUGUCCAAUCCCAGGGUCUGAAGCUAACGGUCUGGGACAUUGGGGGUCAAAGGGCAAUACGCACGCAUUGGAAAAAGUACCUCAGCAGCACUGAUCUAUUGAUCUAUGUAGUGGACAGUGCAGAUCGAAAACGCUUUGAGGAAACAGGACAGGAACUGGCAGAAUUAAUAGAAGAUGACAGCCUCUUGGGGGUUCCUUUGCUGGUGUUUGCCAAUAAGCAGGAUUUGCUGACCGCAGCCCCUGCAGCUGAUAUUGCUGCGGGACUAAAUUUACACACGUACCGAGACCGAACUUGGCAGAUCCAAGCAUGCUCAGCCAUCUCAGGAGAAGGCAUCCAGGAUGGGAUGAACUGGAUAUGCAAGAAUAUUGUUGCAAAGAAAAAGUGAAAAUCAUGCUGGAGGUUUUGAGGCAUCUUCUGCUUACCAACUGUCGCCUAAAUAAGUCUUUGUAAGCGUCAUUAUUAAAUGAUGCAAUUUGAAAAUGAGACAUAUAUGCAAUAAAAAACCCAAGAAAC